AUCAGACUGAGUGUGUAGACAUUCCAAACUUACUGUACCUGUUCCGGUUGCCUUGAUACAGUCAGUCAUCACAGCAUGUUAGUUUGCCUACUUUCUCACUUUUUUUUUUUUUUUGUUCUUUUGAAUCAUUCUUUAUUUUUUCUUCUAUUCUCCAUUCUCUUCUUUUCCUCAUUCUUUCUGAAUUUGCAACAUUCAUUCUGAAAUAGUGCUUUCAUUGUCAAAUACAGCUUCAAAAUACACUGCACUACUUGCACGAUGAUGUUACUUUUUUAUUAUUAUUUUUAUUAUUAUUAUUCCUAGCUUGUUAAAUUUGUCUAGGCUGUAAAUUGAGCUGCGUAGUUAUUGUUCAGGUCUUUUUUUUUUUUGUGCAAGUAUCACUGAACUAAUCUGUGUGGUUUUUCAAGGCAUACUACUUACAUUUGUCAUCACCAAACCCUGUUUGAAAUGUGCCUAUUUGCGCCUGAAGCUUCUCAAACUGUCUCAUUCUAAGUAACUAGUAGACACAGGAAGUAGGUGAAGUUUCACUACAGGCUAAAGUGUAACUUGGAAGUUUAACCGGAAACUUUCAAGCCGAAGUUCAGUUCAAGAGUAAUGUCAAAGUAGCAGCUCAGGCUGCGGUUUUGCUCUCGCCGCUGGUCACGUACUAGCCGCUGUCCGGUAGCACCGCCCGCCCUGCCCGGCUCUGAGGCACCUCGGCAUGCCCUGCCGCACCCAGAGAACAGCCCUGGUGCCCGUCCCGUCUUUCUCGAUCUGUAUCCAUCACCUUCCACAGCUACUUAGCUUUGGGUAUCUUCCUCUCUUCUUCAACGUGAGAGGCUGUGAUAGAAGCCUCUGAAAGUCUGAAUCGGGGACGGACCACCGCGGGCUCUCACACCCCCUCUCCCCCGCCUCCCUCACGGCAGGGCUGUAGCGGGGACACGCACCAGUGCACAGCCCCGCCCCGCGCCGCGCCGCAGCACACGGGAGCACCUCGGCUGCUCCUAGUCCCGCACGCAUAAAGUUUCGCCCGGAGCUCUCCGAGCCUGCGCGACCCCGGCUUGCGGCGUCCCCCCGCCUCAGCACACCCUGCUCGCCUCAGGCACCGCUCCUUCUCACAGGGACAGGCGACAGCAGGCGUGCGCAUGCGUGCCGGACACAGAAGAAAAGCGGCAGGGCCUGUGCGCGUCCCGCCGGCGCCUUUGAGGACGGACUGUGCGCACGCGCCUUGGGGCGGUGACGCGCUGCGCACGCGCGCCGGGUGGCCGGGUGUCCGUGUAGCGGGGGGCCGCCGCACCUCAGGGUCGGCCUGGGCUUUGCCGCGGGUGCGGGGCAGGCCGGUGCUCGGGAAAGGCUGUUCCUCGUGGAUUGAGGUAGGCCUGCCCGCCAGUGGGAGCGUGCGGCUCCCGCCGCGUCCCGCCGCCAGGCAUCCCAGGGCAGGCCCGCUGGCCGCUGCCGCCGCGGCUGAGGGAAAGUCGUGGGGACGUAUCGGCGCAAGGAACCGCUAGGAUGAAGCUGGUGAGGAAGGACCUGGAAAAGGACAAUGCGGGGCAGGUGACGCUGAUCCCCGAGGAGCCCGAGGACAUGUGGCACACCUACAACCUGCUGCAGGUGGGUGACAGCCUGCGGGCCUCCACCAUCCGGAAGGUGCAGACCGAGUCGUCCACGGGCAGCGUGGGCAGCAACCGCAUCCGCACUACCCUUACCCUCUGUGUGGAGGCCAUCGACUUUGACUCGCAGGCUUGCCAGCUGCGGGUCAAGGGCACUAACAUCCAGGAGAAUGAGUAUGUCAAGAUGGGAGCCUACCACACCAUCGAGCUGGAGCCCAACCGACAGUUCACGUUGGCAAAGAAGCAGUGGGACAGCGUGGUGCUGGAGCGCAUCGAGCAGGCCUGCGACCCAGCAUGGAGCGCUGAUGUGGCAGCUGUGGUCAUGCAGGAAGGGUUGGCUAAUGUCUGCCUGGUCACUCCAAGCAUGACGCUUACCCGUGCCAAGGUGGAGGUGAACAUUCCUCGCAAGCGGAAAGGGAACUGCAGUCAGCACGACCGGGCCCUGGAGAGGUUUUACGAGCAGGUAGUGCAAGCCAUCCAGCGACAUAUCAACUUUGAGGUGGUGAAGUGUGUACUGGUAGCUAGCCCAGGCUUCGUGCGGGAGCAGUUUUGUGACUACAUGUUCCAGCAGGCAGUCAAGACUGACAACAAGCUUCUGCUGGAGAACAGAUCCAAGUUCUUACAGGUCCACUCUUCCUCAGGACACAAAUACGCAUUGAAGGAAGCCCUCUGCGACCCAGCUGUAACUAGCCGUCUGUCUGACACUAAGGCAGCUGCUCUCUUUCACCUUGUUGGCUCUUCCAAUGUUGAUGUGAAAAAUGCAAUGACCUUCAGUGGGCCUCUGGAAGACAUGUUCGGGUACACAGUCCAACAGUACGAAAAUGAGGAAGGGAAAUGGGUACUUAUUGGUUCACCGUUAGUUGGCCAGCCUGAAAAAAGAACAGGAGAUGUAUACAAAUGCCCUGUAGGAAGGGACAACCAAUCACCCUGCACAAAACUAAACUUACCAGCUGCUACUUCAGUUCCUAAUGUCGUGGAAGUAAAAGAAAACAUGACACUUGGAACAACCUUAGUGACUAACCCAAAAGGAGGCUUUCUGGCAUGUGGACCACUUUAUGCUUACAAAUGUGGGCGUCUGCAUUACACAACUGGAGUCUGCUCUAAUGUCAGCUCAACUUUUGAAACCAUCAAGGCAAUUGCUCCAUCUGUGCAAGAGUGUAAAAACCAGUUGGAUAUCGUCAUUGUCCUUGAUGGGUCCAACAGCAUUUAUCCAUGGGAGAGUGUCACAGCCUUCCUCAACAGCCUCCUGAAAAACAUGGAUAUAGGUCCUCAGCAAACACAGGUUGGAAUUGUUCAGUACGGACAGACUGUAGUCCAUGAAUUUUUCCUGAAUACAUACUCGUCAACAGAAGAUGUGAUGGCUGCAGCCACAAGAAUACGCCAGCGGGGUGGUACACAAACUAUGACAGCCCUGGGUAUAGAUACAGCAAGAGAAGAGGCUUUUACUGAGGCUCGUGGUGCACGAAGAGGAGUACAAAAAGUAAUGGUUAUUGUGACUGAUGGGGAAUCACAUGACAACUACAGAUUAAAAGAAGUGAUUGAUGAUUGUGAAGAUGAAAACAUUCAGAGAUUUGCUAUUGCUAUUCUUGGCAGCUACAGCAGAGGAAAUUUAAGUACUGAGAAAUUUGUAGAGGAAAUCAAAUCAAUUGCCAGUAAGCCUACAGAAAAGCAUUUCUUCAAUGUCUCAGAUGAAUUAGCUCUUGUAACUAUUGUUGAAGCACUUGGAGAGAGAAUAUUUGCCCUAGAAGCAACAACAGACCAGCAAGCCUCCUCAUUUGAAAUGGAGAUGUCUCAGGCUGGUUUCAGUGCUCAUUAUUCUCAGGAUUGGAUCAUGCUUGGAGCAGUUGGAGCAUAUGACUGGAAUGGCACAGUGAUCAUGGUGAAGGACAGUGAUAUCUCAAUGCCAACUAAUGACACUUUUCGUGACAGGCGUUUGGAAAAAAAUGAACCCCUUGCAGCCUAUCUAGGAUAUACUGUGAAUUCAGCACUGACACCUGGAGGCGUACUGUACAUAGCAGGACAGCCACGAUACAAUCACACUGGCCAAGUUAUCAUUUAUAAAAUGCAAGGAAGAGAGGUACAAGUACUUCAGAGGUUAAAUGGAGAACAGAUUGGGUCAUACUUUGGGGGUGUUAUUACUACAAUUGACAUCAAUAGAGACUCAUUUACAGACCUUCUUCUUGUUGGAGCUCCUAUGUAUAUGGGAACUGAGAAAGAGGAGCAAGGGAAAGUAUAUGUUUAUAGUCUGAACAAGACAAAGUUUGAAUACCAGAUGAGUCUCGAACCUGUAAAGCAGACAUGCUGUUCGCCACUAAAACAGGACACCUGCAAAGUUCUCAAGAAUGAGCCUUGUGGUGCACGCUUUGGGACUGCAAUUGCUGCAGUGAAGGAUCUGAACCUUGAUGGAUAUAAUGACAUUGUAAUAGGUUCUCCCUUAGAGGAUGAUCACCGGGGAGCUGUUUAUAUUUAUCAUGGCCAUGGCAACACAAUCAGUAAAAAAUAUUCACAGCAUAUUGCAUCAGGUGGAGAUGGGGAAAAAGUUAAAUUUUUUGGCCAGUCUGUGCAUGGAGAAAUGGAUUUAAACGAUGACGGACUGAUUGAUGUUACCAUUGGAGGCCUUGGUGGGGCUGCCCUCUUCUGGUCUCGUGAUGUGGCUGAAGUAAAUGUUUCCAUGCAGUUUACACCCAAAAGCAUCAAUAUUCAACAACAAAAUUGUCAGAUAAAUAAAAGAAAAACAAUAUGCAUAAAUGCCACAAUUUGUUUUAAGACCAGACUAAAGUCGAAGGAAUAUACGUUUGAAUCCAGUCUGCAGUAUUGGAUUACUCUUGACUCACAAAGACAAAUAUCUCGAAGCUUGUUCACAGAAAGCCAUGAGAGGAAAAUGCAAAAAAAUAUAACUAUCAAAGGGUCAGAGUGUAUUAAACAUAACUUCUACAUGUUGGAUAAGCCUGACUUUCAGGACUCUGUAAAGGUUUUUCUGGAGUUCAAUUUUUCCGAUCCAGAGAGUGGACCUGUUCUCGAUAGCAACCUGCCAAGCUCAAUAUCUGAAUAUAUUCCUUUCACAAAAGAUUGUGGAGCCAAAAAUAAAUGCAUUUCAGAUCUUGUUCUGAAUGUGAAAGCAAGCAUAGCUGGAGACAGCUCUUCUCCAUUCAUUGUAAAGUCACGCAAUGACAAGUUCACUAUCCAGCUCUCUGUGAAGAACAAAAAAGACAGUGCCUAUAAUACCAGAGUUUUGGUUCAGUAUUCUCCAAAUAUUAUUUUUGCUGGCAUUGAGGAUAUACAGAAAGAUAGCUGUGAAUCUAAUCACAACAUCACCUGUAAAGUGGGAUAUCCAUUUCUAAAAACUUCAGAAGAGAUUUCUUUCAAAAUAUCAUUCCAAUUCAAUGCAUCAUAUCUCCUGGAAAAUGCUACCAUUCAUGUAUAUGCAACAAGUGACAGUGAAGAACCACCUGAGACCUUGAGUGACAACAGAGGACACGUAACAAUUCCUGUAAAAUACGAAGUAGGAUUAAUAUUUGUAAGUGUUUUCAAAGAGCACCAUGUUAUAAUUGCAGCAAAUGAUACUGUCCCUACUGCUAUUAACACAACAGAGCAGAUUGGAGAUGAAGUUAGUCUACAUUAUAGGAUUGAAAAAGGUGAACAUUUUCCAAUGCCAAACCUCACACUGCAGAUCUUAUUUCCCAAUGUAACUGCAGCCAAGAACACUCUUCUCUACCUUACUGCAUUGUCACAUUCCCAAAAUGCCAUCUGCCAAGCUAGUUACCCUGUAGAUCCCUUAAAGAUCAGCACUGGGAAAUCAUUUGUGGUGCCAAAAAUAAAAGAACCUACAAAGGAUACAAUUAUGGACUGUGAUACAUAUAGCUGUGCAUCUACUAAUUGUGCCCUGGUCCCAUCUGACAUUUAUCAAGUGAAUGUUUCAUUAAGAGUAUGGAAACCUACCAUCAUAAAAGCCAGUAUUCACAGCUUAACCCUUGUUGUGAAAGCAUUACUUAGGAGUGAGAACUCAUCACUGAUUUUGAGAAAUGACCAUCAAAAACUAGAGACCAUGAUUAAGAUUUCCAAAGAGCUUCCACCAGGUACAGUCCCCUUAUGGGUUAUCCUGCUGAGUAUCUUUGCUGGACUCUUGAUUCUUGCACUGCUUAUAUUUGCUUUGUGGAAGGCUGGAUUUUUCAAGAGACCACUAAAGAAGAAAAUGGAGAAAUGAAUUAAAAACAAAAAAAAGCAGAAAUUUUUGCUCAGGUCUGCCUCUAAAAUGUUACUGUAAAAUUAUAAACUUAGAUGCAGUGGUCGAAGUUUUCAAAACUCUAAACAAGAAGCAGAACAAGAAGCAAAUCAAGCACACAUAUACAAAGGAAUGAUGCGAAGAAAGAAUAAACACCCUUAUGGCAUUUUGUGACACUCAAGGACAUACUUUAAGUGUUACUCAUUUUUGGAGAGUAGCUGAGUUCAAAGAUUCUAACACUUUUUAAUAUGAGAAAUGCAUAAUCAUAUUUUUAUAUACCAAUGUAUAUAGAAUCAUUUUUCACUCCAAAUUAUGCAAAACAAUGAACUUUUAUGUAGCAACCCCAGUCUUUUUUAUCAGCUUAUGAUUUUCAAAAGGAAAAAACAUCAUUUUCCAAAUUUUCUCCUUAUCAGUUCUGUGAAAGCAGACUGUUAGUUCACGAAGCCAAACUUAGCAACUUUGAGAAUGCACCAAAUACUGCAUGGUAACUGACAUAAUAACAAUGGACAAGAUAGAAGCACAUGCAGAAUUUGGGGUGAAAAUUACUGAAAUACCUUGGCUUUCUUUUUCUGCUUGUUUUAGUGUGUCCAGCUGAACCCAAGAUACUUCAAAAAGAGACUUUUAUGGUCAAGUGGGCCAUAAAGGAUUGAUCCAUUAAAUUACAUAACUGUUUGAACUUGAAAAAGAUUUUUGGCAGGCCUAAAAAUGUAUGCACAAAACAUUCAAGCCCAUCUGGUUGCACACUGUACUCAAAUAAGGAGGGCACAAUUGUAUCUGCAAAUUGAAACGUCCAUAUUUAUGCAGAAAAUGUUUAGAGGUACCCUGAAAGUUUGACUUGCUGUAUAUCUUGGAGUAGCCAGGAGGGUGCUUCAUAAACUGUCACUGUAAAUUUAUCCUGUAGCUAUUUAAUCCAAUGAGUUUAAUGUGUACAAAAUGAUAAUUAACAAAAGAGCACAGAUAGGAAAUUCAGCACUGGCAAGCUUCUUCUAGUAUUAUAAGUCGCACCUCAUCUUUGUUACUUACGAAUUUAAGAAGUGGUAAAGAAUUUACAUACUAAAUAAGCACUUAACAAAUGAUGUUUAUUUUGUGUCAAAGAUUAAAAGUAUAUAUGAGACUACACUGAAAUGUAGAUAGCAAAAGAUUUCUUUAAGAAAUGUUUUCUUUCUAUUCAGACUCUUCAGUUUCCUCCUUUCUUUCACGCACUUGUCUUCCUUCCAUGACGAUGUCUCACCAGGGCUCUCAGUCUGUAUCUUGACCUUAAGAGCUUCCUUUAUUACUUGCAGACACACAAAAUUUGCAGAAGAAAAUGGAAGCAUGCUGUCAAAGUGCAGUGUUGCCUCAGCAUGAGAUGGCUUGGUAUUGAUUGCCAAUAGAUCAGAAAAUGUUGAGCAGAUGUACUAAGUUUUGUAAGACACGCUGGUUUGUAGAAGAGCUUUGCCUUGCCAAAGAAGCCAGGAAAAGUUGUUCUUUCUCUUGAUACAAAUGUCACUGAAAUGAAGGCGAAAUCAUUGUAGGUUUCCAAAAGGUUCUAACUUAGCACUGACUUUAUAGCUUAAAAAGCAGUAAUAUAUUUUAUAAAGACUUUUUUUUCUUGAAGAAGAGACCAUAUAUUUGGUUGAACAUGCUGGCAAGUACAACUCUGGAAGUGUGCCAUAAGGUGCUUUACAGUUUGAAAGAUGCUGUUACUCUUAAGUUCCUUCUAUUUAGUUCUUAAAUUAGAGAGAGUAGUUCUUUUUAAGGAGAAGUUGUUCUUUUUAAGGAAAAGGCUGAGGCUUAUGUGGAUGCAGCAAGUAGGAUUAAGUUUGAAAGUGUUUGCAGUUUCUCCUUGUGUCUGUGGGAAAGGUGGUUAUUUCCAACAACAGUCUGCUGAAGGUAGCAGCAUGACUCAGAGGAGAGGGCAAAGCUCUCCGUGGGAACACUGUGGGUGGCUGUGGUUUGCGGAGCCUGCGAGAGCCAGUGAGUCGGCAGACUCGCUGGCUGUGCUCAUCUGAGCGCCUGGAAGUUGCUGCCUAUCUGGAGGCGCAGGGGGUGAGUUGUCCUGGUUCUAAGCAAAGAAGCAAGACUUGAAUGGAAGAAAAAAGAUGACAUAAAGGAGUUAUGUAUAGAAUCCUCGUUUCAUUCCUUGUUUGAGUUAAACAGUCCCUGAAGGAAAGCAAAAAUCCAUUUGUUGAACAGUGAAGAUAAGUUAAUAUUCACGGAGGUGUUUUCAGUCCCAUGUGAGAUGCAGGUUUAUUUUAAGAAAAUGUACAAUUUUUCCAAUUUGCUUGAAAUAUUUAAAUGGCAUUUGUCACUGUAGGAUCUGAAUGCCUCAGAAUUGCAUAUGUUUUUUCCUUAUAGUAUCUCUAUAAAGGCAUAAAAGUGCUGUUACCCUAUUAUGGUUUUGUAAAGGAACAGAAUUAUGAAGGAAUUGUGACUCACCUAUGCACACAUAGAAGGCCUGUGGUAGCAGAGGAAAUACUUAUAUUUAUUAUUAUUCAGCCAGUUUGUUAACCAGGAGGUCAUUUUUCCUGGCUUCAUAAAAUUAGCCACAAGUUGUGCAAGCCAUACAUCAUUUUUGUGCAGCAUGCUUUUAUUUUAAGUAUUUUACUUUUCAGUUAUGAUAAGCUGUUAACCAGAGCUUUUUACUUUUCUGAUGACACUUCAUGUCUCAUUUUAAAGCAUCAGCCUAACUGAAAAAAUAUGUCAAUAGAACAGCCUUUUUCCUUAAAUAAAGACUACACAAAAAUACGUAUUUUAUCAAUGCAAAGUAUGUUUGAGAUCAGUGUUCCAUUCUUUUUAGACUUGCUUUGCACUGUAAAAACAGUAAUAAGCUUCAUAUAACCACACUGCUUCCCUCUUUGUCAUGAUGCUUUCUCCCUUUUCACAUUUGUCUUAUUAUCAGAUUUUCAUUUAUAAUAUCUAUUUAAAAUAUAAGUAUCUAAAGGGGAUAGCACUAUAGCACAUUAUUCUUACACAGGCUAAAUUAGAAAAAUUGGGGAUAUCACUAUAGCAUGUUAUUCUUACACAGGCUAAAUUAGUAAAAUUGCUAUUUUUAUUCAUAAGAGCCCUUCUACAGAGCACUGCAACAGGAGUAUUUUACUACUUUUCACUAAAUACAGCAGAAAAGCCUAUUGAAAGCAAUAUUGCAAACAUCGGGAACAUCUCACUGAAAUUUGGCAGGCACAAAAUAUGUCAGAACAGCAUGUAAUCUGUUUUGUUCCUAUAAAAAGACACAUUAGGGUUGUAAUAUGAUUCUAAUAACUAACAAGCUAAACAUUUUUUUCAUUCAAAUAAAAGCCUAUAAUUUAAAAAAAAAAAAAAAAAAGGGGGGGGGGUUUAUAGUCAGAGCUUAAGCAAUGUAGGGACUCUGGCCCAGCUCAGUUCCUGACUUCAGCAGUGAAGUAGCUAAUCUUAGAGGGAAUGGACAAGCUACAUUUCUAUAGCAUAGAACUUCUCUGCAAAGGAGCAAAAGCUUUAAACCAUCACUUCUGCUUCAAUUUGAGACAGUUCUAGAGGUUGUUGAUCCCUUAUGUAAUUUUAGAAGGCUUAGAAAACAGCAUCUACAUUAGAGCAGUCUCCCUGGACUGCUGCUUCUUACGUUCCUGUGCUUGUCUGAUAUCUCUCUUAAGUCUGUAUUAUGAGCCCUUGCUGCAGACGCAACCCACCUAUCCUGACAGCUUACCUGAGCCCUUUAGUACAUCUCCUGUUCUGAGUCAUUUCGAGCAUGAUGUUACUUUUCUGCAGAGCUUGAAUCAAGGGAAUCUACCUUAAACUGGAGCCAAAGGUUUUCAGCUCACUUGGCACCAAGAGGCUGGAGUUAGGGUCAUACUCGUGUAAUGAAUUCCAAAUAAUCUAACUGUUAUAAUUCUUGAAGUAACUAUCUUAUAGAUCAUGAGCCAUUCAAAAGUAAAAGCAGAGCAAGAGAAUCAGACUGUACCAUCAUUAAUUAUACUGCUUAACAGGAAUAUAUGGGAAUUUGCAUCUUUUUUAAGAAAAUCACAACAUUCUGCACAGCUUUUUUUUCAUGUAAAAUUAUUCCAUGUGUUUUACUGAUUUUAAAAAAAAAUAAAAUUAAGAGUUCCUGUAAAAUUAUUCCAUGUGUUUUACUGAUUUAAAAAAAAAAAUACAUAAUUAAAAAGUC